GCACUCGAAGAGAGAAACCGACGAAUAGUUGAGAAACAAUUGGAAAAAGAAAAGAAAGACAAAGAAUUGAAGGAAAAGAAGGAGUUUUUGGAAAAACAACGACAAGAGAGACAACGACUCAAGGAUUUGGAGAAAGAGAAGAAAGAAAAGGAGAAAACGGAGAAAGAGUUGGAAAGACUGAGACUUAAAGAAGAGAAACAGAAGGAAAAAGAAGACAAACAAAGAGAGAGAGAAGAGAUUCAGAAGGAAAAGGAUUUGGAGAAACAGAAGAAACUCGAGUACGAGAUCCACAUAGAAAUUUCCGAAAAGAAGCGCAAAUUAGAAGAAGAAAAGACGCGACGAUUAUCUGAGAAACAAAAGGCGUCCGAAGAAGAGCUCAGAAAACAAGAAAAACAGAGACAAUUGCUCUCAAACUUCUUCUCUAAACAGGCAUCGACUCAGUCGUCGAAUCGCAAGAGUAUUGUGACAGACGUUGAGACAAAUGUCAGCCCAUUGUUCCUACCCUUCGAGUUGGGAGUCAACCAAACCAUAGCACCAGUUGUCUCGCAAUUCGCCAAAAAGCGCUUCAAUCGGCAACAGUUGGACCGUUUGGUUGAGAUUCAAGAGUCAAAUGAACUGUAUUUGCAUUUAAUUAAAAGAAAUGAUUACAAAGUGUUUCGCUGUAAUAAACGCGAGAGAAGUGAACCCGAAAUCAUAAUCGAAAGCACUUCCGACGGCGACGAAGACAAUCAGUCAAAGAAGUAUCGCAUAAAACAUUUACAGUUUCACACGAAUGUGAGGCCACCCUAUAGGGGAACCUUCCGUAAGAGGAGUUCCCAAAUCAAUGGCAUUAAACCGUUCAACAAAGACACGGAUCUCUUUGAUUACGACGUGGAAAGCGAU